AUGUCUAUCAACGAAGCAGGGCCACCACCGAGAAAGGCGGAGGAGAAGGAGGAGAAAGUAGCCCUCACGGCCGAGGAGCCCAAGUAUCCUCCCCUGGCAGAGACUCUCUUGAUCAUGCUGGCAUUGUACAUGUCUAUGUUUCUCGUCGCCUUGGAUCGCCUCAUCGUGGCCACUGCAACCCCCCAGAUCACCGACCACUUCCACAGCACAAACGAUAUUGGCUGGUACGGAAGCGCGUACAUGUUGACCGCGUCGGCGUCGCAACUUGUCUAUGGCCGACUGUACACCUUCUACCCGGCAAAAUGGGUGUUUCUGUUCUCCAUCUUCGUCUUCGAGGCUGGCUCUGCCGUCUGCGGCGCGGCGCCUACCUCGGUGGCUCUCAUUAUCGGCCGUGCCAUCGCCGGCGUGGGAUCGGGUGGUAUUAGCUCUGGUAUCGUUCUUAUCAUUGUCCUCAUAGUACCGUUGCGGCAACGACCGGCUUUCCAAGGCUUUGCCGGUGCCAUUUUUGGCAUUGCUUCGGUGCUGGGUCCCGUGCUGGGAGGAAUCUUCACUACCGAGGUCAGCUGGAGAUGGUGCUUUUAUAUCAACCUGCCCUUUGGAGGCGCUGCGAUGCUGGCUAUUUUCUUCUUGCUCGACGUGCCGCCACCGCGCAAUGGGAACUGGUCGCUCAAGCAAAAGCUUCUUCAGUUGGAUCCUGUGGGGAACUUGUUUCUCAUGCCUAGCGUCGUUUGCUUGAUCCUCGCGCUGGAAUGGGGAGGUACGACGUACAGCUGGGCCAACUGGCGGAUUAUUUUCCUUUUCGUUCUGUUUGGCGGUUUGUUUGCUAUCUUUGUAUAUGUCGAGAUAUGCAGACAGGAAGAUGCGCUCGUGCCUCCGCGCAUUUUCAAGCAGCGGUCGGUGCUAGCUGGGAUUGUGUGGACUAUGUGCACCAGCGCAGGCAUGAUGGUCAUGCUGUACUACCUGCCCAUAUGGUUCCAAGCUAUCAAAGGGGUCGACGCGGAAAAAUCGGGAAUCAUGAACCUGCCUCUCGUGCUCUCCAUGGUAGUUGGCAGCAUUGGGUCGGGUGUUUUGGUGUCGGUGCUGGGCUAUUACAACCCGUUUAUGCUGGCCGCUGUGGUUCUGAUGUCCGUCGGCGCAGGCUUGCUGACCACGUUCACUCCAACCACGGGGCAUGAGAAAUGGAUUGGCUACGAGUUCAUCUUCGGGCUAGGGCUGGGGUUGGGAUUGCAACAGGCCAAUGUCGCCGUGCAGACUUGCUUAGCACCAGUUGAUGUCUCGAUUGGUGCGUCGCUGCUCGUGUUCUCGCAGCAGCUGAACGCGGCUGUCUUCCUGGCGAUUGCGCAGACUCUGUUUGACAAUUUCUUGGUCGACAAUUUGGACGGCGUGCACGGCAUCGAUGUUUCUACAGUCGUAGGUGCCGGUGCCACGGCGCUGCGUCAGGGGAUGGUCCCGGAUUCGAAGUUGGCGGCUGUUUUGGAAGCGUAUAAUCAGGCGCUUACCAAGACCUUUAUUUUGGGUGUGGUCAUGUCUUGUCUGGCGUUGUUUCCAGGGUUGGCAAUGGAGUGGAAAAGCGUGAAGAAGCCGGCGGGCCCAAGAGAAGAGAUUUCCGAUGGCGAGAAGCAGUGA